AUUAUGGAUGGAAUGGAUCCAGACUUCCUGUACACCUCCGAGGAAGAAAAGACUUUCCAGUACCAGGAUUCUCUCCCUUCCCUACCACUUCCUUCCCUUGAUCAGACACUGCGCAAAUACCUGGAUUCAGUUCGACCUCACGUCACAGAUGAGGAGUAUCGUCAGACAGAGUUUGUCGUGCAGCAGUUUGGAUCAGGCGUCGGUAGAGAUUUACACGCUAAGCUGGCAGAAAAGGCCAAAUGUGAGAGGAAUUGGCUGGAAAAAUGGUGGGACCAGAUGGCGUAUCUUGACUUCCGCUACCCAUGCGCCCCACUGGUGAAUUUCUCAGGCCCCGGCCCAGAAAUGUUGCACUACUGGCCCGCUAAGGAGGGAAGCCAGUGUGAGAGAGCUGGUCUGUUGAUGUACUAUGCCAUGAAGUAUUGGGAACACCUUAGGAAAGAACGUCUGCGAGUGGACAAGGCACGAGACGGACGUGUGUUUUGCAUGAACCAGUACCAGAGGCCCUUCAGCACCUGUAAAAUACCUGGCAUCAAACGAGAUCAGCUCAAGUUCUACUUCCAAACAGAAUCACAAGGGGACAGUCCUACCCAUCUUGUGGUCCUCUGUAGGGGGCAAAUAUUCAGUUUUGAGCUUGUUGACAACUCAGGGGAAAUCCUGACAGCCCCUGAAAUCCAGCGACAGUUUGAGAGGAUCAAGAAGAAGUGCGAGGCAUCUCCCCCUGGGCCUGGGGUAGGGGCCCUUACUGGAGAUAUGCGUACAACAUGGGCCAAGAUGAGGAACCACUUGAUAGCGCUCCACCCCGAUAACUGGCGACUCUUGGAGACAAUUCAGAAGGCUGUAAUGGUGAUUGUACUUGAGGAUGUCUCCCCAAAGGAUGAAACUGAGAUAUCCCAGCAUGGAAUGGCCGGAGACUCCACCAACCGAUGGUUUGAUAAAGCUACAUCUGUGGUGGUGUUCAACAAUGGGUUGCUGGCCUCGAACUGCGACCAUGCACCAUUUGAAGCCAUGGUUAUGAUAUCUAACACAUUCUACGUGGACUUGUGUGUAAAGUAUUAUAAAGGGAAAUGGCACGGCAGUACCACCCUGCGGAGCCUCCCUGAUCCAGAUGAACUGGUGUUUGUCAUCGAUGAUGUCAUCACAGAUGCCAUCAGCAAAGCCAAGCUGCUCAACAGAAGCUUUGCUGAUAAUCUGGAAGUGUUUAAUUCUACAUUUACGGAUUUCGGCAAGUCUCUCCUGAAAUCAGUGAAAGUCCACCCAGACACGUGUGUACAGAUGGCGCUUCAGCUGGCCUACUACAGGAUGUAUAAAAAACCAGCUCCUACUUAUGAGACAGGAACAACUCGAAAGUUUUGGCACGGCAGAACCGAGACUGUAAGGGCAUGUACCCCAGAGACGCUACGCUGGACACAGUCCAUGGCUGACAACUCCUCAUGGCAAACCCGUCUGUAUCUGUUUAACCAGGCUGUGGAUAAACACAACAGACUGAUGGCUGAAGCACAGGAAAAUAAUGGCUGUGACCGUCACCUGCUAGGUCUGUAUGCCAUGUCUCAGGAGGAGGGGAUUCCCCUGCCGGCGCUCUACACAGACCCUUCCUACAACAAGAGUGGAGGGGGAGGUAACUUCACCCUGUCCACCAGUUUUGUGGGCUACACAACAGUGCACGGGGGUGUGGCACCCAUGUGUGAGAACGGAUAUGGCACAUUCUACAGGAUACAAGAUGACAGUAUUACAAUGCUAGUGACAGCGUGGAAGACAGAUGACAGCACAAGCGCGGUGAAGUUCACAAAGGCCAUCCACCAGUCACUGAGAGACAUCAGAGAGCUGGUGGAGAAACACAGUCAUGUGACCGCCAGGCUGUAG